AUGAUGUCCUUUUCUCAUGGCGGAGUUGUACUGGUGUGUGUUGCCUUCACAGUAAUGUCCUCUGUCUUGCAAGAAGUGAACACCGAGCACAGUAACGGAGUGGUGUUCCAGAACUUUGCAGGAAUGGAGCUUCAGGUGCCUUGUACCGUCCCUCAGUCGGUGGUGAGCACAGCGUCAGGCUGUACGAUGAGAUGUAAGGCCUUCCCAUCAUGCCGAGCGGGCUCGUACAACAAGGCAACAGCCAGGUGUUGUCUCAGCUCCCUUCUGGCCUACGAACAAGGCGCCACUUACCUGGAGAACGAGGACAGCACCUACUUCCAGCCUGUCACAGACACGGUGCGGUAUGACAACUGGACGCUGGUGUUCCGGGUGCUGGCGGGCAGCGGCCAAGAGACUUACGCCACGUGGACGAGGACUGGCCUUCAUCAUGACCACUGGCUCGGGUCAAAGGAUAUGAAGGUGGGAUGUGUGAGCAUGAACUCCUCAAAGCCCUGCAACACUUUGUUCAGAAGUCGACUGCUGGACGACUGGGACAAGCUCAAGGUGAAGAAGGUUCGCGUGAGCCUCAUCAAGAACAGCCAACAGGUAAACAUCGUUUUCAAUGGAAGUGGCUCCGGAUACCUGGACUGGUUCAGUCAGUACCGAGUCCUCGAGUCCCCGUGGCAGGAUCUCUUUCCAAACAACUCCUACCUAUUUUUCUCAGUAGCAGGGUAG